AUGGGCAAAGGCACGGACAAGCUGUACAUCACGCACAGCGAGUGGUCCUCCGAAGACGCCUUCUCCGCUGCCGCGGGCGCAAACGCGCGCAAAGGCACCACCGUAGGCGCCAGCUUCAGACGCCUCCCCUUCAGCUACUGCGCCCUCUCCCUCCAACCCUUCGAGCACCCCGUCUGCACCGCCGAGGGCACCACCUUCGACCUCACCAACAUCUUGCCGUGGAUCAAGAAGCAUGGCACGAAUCCCGUAGAUGGCGAGCCGCUCAAGAGAAGCGAGUUGAUCAAACUCACCUUUGCCAAGAACGAUGAUGGGGAAUACGUGGACCCGGUCACUUUCAAGGUGCUCACUGAUAACACCCACAUUGUCGCUUUGAAGAAUACUGGCAACGUCUUUAGCUGGGAUACGGUGGAGCGGCUGAAUGUCAAGGCCAAGAAUUGGAAGGAUCUGGUGAGCGACGAGGACUUUAAGCGAAGCGAUAUCAUCACUUUGCAAGAUCCACAGAAUAUCGCUAGCAGAGACUUGAGCAAGUUCAGGUUCCUGCAGGAUGGCGAGAGCGCGUUGACCCCCGAGCAGGAGAGGACAAAGAGCGCCGGGAUCAAUGAGGACAGUCUGGGCUCGGCCGCAAAGAUCCUCAAGGCGAAAGCCGCCGUUGCUCAGGCGAGAGCGAAUCGGGAGAAGCAAGGCAAUGGUGCCGGCUCAGUCGAGGCGCAAGCGCUGGCUAAUGCCCGGAAAGCCCAUUCCGAUGUCGCCAAGUCAUCCCGAACCACCAAACCCUUGCCAUACAACGCCGCCCAGCACACCACCGGCCAAGCAGCCGCCUCUUUCACUUCCACCGGACUCACCCCCAACACAUCCACCGAGCGCGCUCUUCUCACCGAUGAAGAGUACAUGCUUAAGCCAAAGCGAGUGAAGGAGAAGGGGUAUGCCCGUGUGACGACCAAUCUCGGCGAGCUGAACCUCGAAUUGUACCCCGAGUACGCCCCCAAAGCCGUGUGGAAUUUCGUCCAGCUGUCCAAACGUGGCUACUACGACGGAGUCAAGUUCCACCGAAACAUCAAAAACUUCAUGAUCCAAGGCGGCGACCCGACAGCGACUGGCCGAGGUGGACAGAGCUGUUGGGCCAAACCAUUUGCCGACGAAUUUGGCGGACCGCUUGUCCACGACGCAAGGGGCGUGUUGUCCAUGGCCAACAAAGGAAAAGAUACGAAUACUUCGCAAUUUUUCCUCACCUAUCGAGCCGUUCCGCACUUGAACAGGAAACAUACCAUCUUCGGGCGCGUCAUCGACGGCCUCGAUACUCUGAAGCGACUCGAAGCGGUGGACGUGGAUGACAAAGACCGACCGACCGAACGCUGCGAGAUUGAGAGUGUGGUAGUCUAUGUGGACCCUUUUGAGGAAUUCCUGGAGAAGCGCUCCGACAAAGAAGCGGCGGAUGCCAGGAAAGAGGAAAUCAGGAGAGAAGGCGGGGCGGAAGACGACCGGACGACAUGGACGGGCAAAAGAAUCCGCGCCGAUGGAAAGGUGGAGGGCGGGGGUGAAAGCGGCGGGAUUGGAAAGUAUCUCAAGCAGGCUGCUGCGCAACAACAGGCUCCCGACAAGGAAGACGAGAUUGUUGGCGAGUGGGAGGAGGAACCUUUUGCGCCUCCGCCGAAGAAGGCCAAAGUUGGUGGGUUUGGGAACUUUGACGCGUGGUGA